AUGGGCGGAAACGAAGAGUUAUUCAAGGAACCGGCGAAUGAAAGGAACACAGUGACGCCUGAUGGCAGCGGCUCGCAACAAGCCGAAGAAACAAACGAGGCGAAGAGAACGGAAGAGAUUUCAGGCGCUGCGCCCGCUGCAGAGGAAUAUGCAGGGCGCUUGAAGAAGCUGGUGGAUACUGAUGCCGAUGCCCCUAUCUCGUCAAUCGAUACGACGUAUCAAGAACCCGCACAGAAGUCCGUUCAACAGUCCUCCCAAGCGCGGCCGCAACAGCCACGACACGAGGUGCGCCACGAACUUCCUCCGCCUUUCUAUCCGGCUGAUCAUCGUACUACUCCCACAUCGGCGACACCUUCCUCAGCUGCAUAUAGCCUUCUCCCGACUGAUCAGAUCUCUAUGCAUCAGCCGCGACCUUCUGCCAACAACAUUGUCUUUGGCGGUCAUCCAGACUCCUCUAGUCCAUCUCCUGCCCCGCCGCCGUCCGCCGGCACAUUGCGUUACCCCCCAGCUCCACCUCCCGGUUUCGGUGGAGCAAGCUUUGGCCCACCACCUUACUAUACUCCGGGGCAUGCCCAUCAUUUCUCUGAGCCUCAUGCGCACAUGAUGUACCCUCCAAUGUCCAUGCCACCGCCUGGGCCUUUCGCCUAUCGCCGAGGUCAUCCACCGCCGCCGCACUAUGGCCGACCAGAGUCCUGGUUUCCCUCGGACAGCCAGCUGCCUUAUCCAAUGGCUCCACCGCCGGGUUACCCAUCCCGUAACAUCCAGCCGCAAACCAACGGUGCUCUGCAUCAUUCUAGAUCGCCAUCGCAGUCUUCGGUAAGGACCCAGGAGCAAGAACCCACUUUCAACCCACAUCAAUCCGAGCAGCGAAAUAUUUCGGAAGGACAGUCCAAUGGACAGUUCUCAAGCCAGAAUGGGGCUACAUUGCUGCCGCCACCAGACGAACCACGUGGUUCAACAGACAGCCUCAGACAAUACCUACGGUCCCAGUUCGGUAGUGCGGACCUGGCGGAUUACAUUUUAGAGAUCACGCUUUCGAACGCUGAGCACUCCGUAUUCACUUUGCCGGUGCAUAGACUUCUAAUUGCACGCAGCCCGAGAAUUCUAACACUCAUGUCAAGGACUCGCGUAGACCAAGAAAGCCGUAACAGCCCCCUCGCAGUACUCAGAGACGUAGCGACAGACAUUUUUGUCACCAGUCGCUCGCUUGUUGAAGUGCUCAAGUACCUCUACGAUGACACCUUGCUGGAGAUGCGGGAGUUUACUCAAGGACUGCAGCCUUUCGACGUGGACAGUGCUAGCUCGGAUGGCAAUGGCCAGGCUCUUGACCGCAUGCAGCAGGCUCUCGAAUAUGCAGCAUCAGGCCAUUUUCUAGGGCUUGAAGAAGUUGUCAAUCGAGGGUUUGCAAUCGCCAAAGCACUGCUUCGAUGGGAUACGCUUGGUCUCGCCCUGGGAUUUGCGCUCGACGGUGGCUUGAGCCGAAUAUGGCAAACUGUCAUGGCGGAAGCAGCUGAACGAGGUGUUGUACCGAAUGUCAAGCCCUUCCGCCCUACCUAUGGUGAUUACGGGUACCAGUUCUUACAAGACCUAGUGGAUUUCAUUACCUUGGAAUUCCCAAAAGCUUUCCAGCUGGAUACUACUGCGCUUCAGCUUUCACAUGUUCAGAGGUUGCCGGUUGUUGUAGAGUCACGGCCUUCCAUCUCCAACCCGCGGCUAAGCCGCAUCCGCUUUGGGGAGCUCCCGUUCGAGCAACCUGCACGGCCAGACUUUAUAACGACCACGCUGUCAAGCGUUCUCCUCUCACUGCCUUUCUCUGUUCUCAACGUCCUACUUGAGCAUCCUGGACUAAACAGACGGAUCACAUGGCCGAACGUCAUUAGCGUCAUGCGACAGGUCAUUGAGGAACGUGAGAGCCGCCGGAGCAAAGCACUCAAUGCUCGCAUCGCACCAUCCCACGAGACCGACAUGGACCAGGUCAUCUACGAAAACCUCCACUGGGAGGAACGUGUUGAAUCGGAAUCCGCUCAUGCUUCAGGCUUCAGAAUUGCAAGGGCUUGGACCAGAACGGAGAUCAACCCUGCGAACGGUACAAGCGGCAAGUGA